GGCCGCCUCGCCGGAAGGCCGCGCGCGACGCCGGACGUGACGAGCGGGCGUGCUGACGCGCGGGCGCGAGCCGAGGCCCGAUUCCGCGCCCGCCAUGGCCGACAAAAUGGAUAUGUCUCUGGACGACAUCAUCAAGCUGAACCGGAGCCAGCGGGGCGGCCGCGGCGGGGGCCGGGGCCGCGGCCGGGCCGGCGCCCAGGGCGGGCGCGGCGGCGGGGCGCAGGCGGCCGCGCGGGUGAGCCGAGGCGGCGGGCCCAUGCGGAACCGGCCGGCCAUCGCCCGCGGCGCUGCGGGCGGCGGCGGCGGCGGCCGGAACCGCCCGGCGCCCUACAGCAGGCCGAAGCAACUCCCAGACAAGUGGCAGCACGACCUCUUCGACAGCGGCUUCGGCGGCGGCGCCGGCGUGGAGACCGGGGGGAAGCUGCUGGUGUCCAACCUGGACUUCGGAGUGUCCGACGCCGACAUCCAGGAGCUCUUUGCUGAAUUUGGAACCUUGAAGAAGGCUGCUGUGCACUACGAUCGCUCUGGUCGCAGUUUAGGAACAGCAGACGUGCACUUUGAACGGAAGGCAGAUGCCCUGAAGGCCAUGAAGCAGUACAAUGGCGUUCCUUUGGACGGCCGUCCCAUGAACAUCCAGCUUGUCACAUCACAGAUUGACACACAGCGGAGACCUGCACAGAGCCUAAGCAGAGGUGGCAUGACCAGAAGCCGUGGCUCUGGAGGGUUCGGCAGUGGUGGUGGCGCUCGAAGAGGGACCCGUGGAGGCAGUCGAGGCCGAGGCAGAGGCACUGGCAGGAACUCGAAGCAGCAGCUUUCCGCGGAGGAGCUGGACGCACAACUGGACGCCUACAAUGCGAGGAUGGACACCAGUUAAGCAGCAGAUCCUCGCCUGCAGCAGGACCCAGACUGCGCGUCGCACUCCCUGGAGGGGAAGGGGUGGCAAGCUGGGCUGUGCAGCCAAGGGUGGAUUCAUUUCUUUUGUUUUAAAAAUAGGAUUUAAAACUCAUGUAAAGUUCCCCCCCUUUUCUUUUUCUUUUUCUUUUUUUUUUUUAAUUCUGAAACAGACCUGUUUUGUACCGAGUUAUUUUUGGGAUAAAUUUUACUGGUUGCUGUUGUGGGGAAGGUGGCGUUUUCACCUUUGCCAUAAUAAAAUAGAAAUGUGUGUAGAA